AUGGACAACUAUAAACCAGCCAAGAAAUACUACCUUGGCAUUGAUAAUAUUCAUGUUAUGAGAGACUCGAUGAACAAGGUGGUAGAAGCAUUGAAAGACGGCGAUCUUUCGGCAAGGUCACCAAACCAAGAGCUAUUAGCCAAGUCGAACUGGCUCAAACACGUGUCUACAGUUCAAAAAGGAGCAGUAUUGAUUGCGCAACAAGUUCACUACAAGUUUUCGCAUGUUGUAGUUCAUUGUUCAGAUGGUUGGGACAGAACUCCACAACUGACAGCUCUGGCUCAGAUUAUGUUGGAUCCAUAUUUUAGAACCAUUGAUGGGUUCAUUGUAUUGGUGGAAAAAGAGUGGUUAUCAUUUGGACAUAGAUUUGCCGAACGAAGUCAUGUUCCAGCUAACUGUAAAGUCAAGGAGUUUACACUGUCGCAGCAGCAAGAAGCACUGGGAUAUAGUGGAAACAAUGAUCUGACGUCUGAAUUUAUCAAUGGGUUUACCAACAGCAACAGUACGAAUACAGGAUCUGCAACACCUGUUGCCAGUGCUAGAUCCAACUUUUUGAAUAAUGUGACUAAUUUGUUACCAGAUGGUGGUACUAGCAAAGCAAGCAAGUAUAGUGGACCUAUUUUUCAUCAGUUCCUCGACUGUGUAUAUCAAAUCAUGCGCCAGUUUCCUGAAAAAUUCGAGUAUAAUGAGAGGUUCUUGAGAAGGUUACUGUAUCAUGUUUACUCAUGUCAAUACGGAACAUUUUUGUUCAACAGUGAAUCAGAAAGAGUCAAGGCAGGUGCAGAGAAGAAAACAAGAUCGGUAUGGGACUAUUUUCUGGCUCGGAGAAAACAGUUUACAAAUGUAAAAUAUGUCAAGAGCGAUAAUAAUAACUUGGACAACAGCAACAACACAGAGAGUAAUGUAGUGUUUCCAGACCCCAAGGAUGUCAAAUGGUGGGCAGAGGCAUUAGGAAGAUCCGACCAAGAAAUGAAUGCUAAUAUUCCUGUCCUGUCUGAUGUAUCUCGCCAAAGCACACCGGUUGAACCAGAACAUUCGCAAGACUUUUUAAACGCAUUCCAAUCGAUGAAUUUCCACAAUAAGUACUUGAAAGAUACCACUGAAAGGCUCAGAGCAAGCUCGGGUCACACGUCUACACCGGAUCUUCGCUUGGAACGUGAAAAUGCUUCACCCGAUGGGAUGCGAGGUAAGCGUGAUACAUCAGUACAGCCGUCACCAACAGGUAAUUCGUCAUUCCCUUCUGAAGGAUUUGGAAAGAUAACGAGACCAACGGCUGAUGUUGAGCUGGCAGGUGGUUUAGAGAAGGGGAAAACGAAAGACGACGCAGACUCAAACGCAUUGAACAAAGAAUCACAAGAAGCACCUCAAGAAGAGACCCUUAAGCUGGAUUCAAAAAAGUCGCCUAUUGCUUCUCCGGAAAACUCUUCUAGUUUUACAGAGCCCUUAGGAAGCACGUUAGUAGAUUACUCUAGCGAUGACAGAGAGAGUACACAUCGUCAUCCGAGACCUGCUCGCAAAUUUGAUAGUAUGUCAUUGGACCCUGGUCCAUAUAACGAGGACUCUGGCAAUUACAACAACCGGCCUCUAGCAAAUGGUUCUGCGGUUCUGGCUGAUGGGGCAGCUACUCUGGCCGCUGUAGCAGAGGAUAUUUUUGGUCGAUUGACAAGAACAGACCAACCCAGGGCUAGCAAUUGA